CUCCGUAAUUCCCAAGUUGUCAUCAUUCCGGACUUGUGCCCCCCCACCCCCGACUCGGAUACCAUGCUCAUCGGACAGGUGGUCCUUACGCUGUGCUCGCUGUGGCCCGCCACCGCCCUGCCGCUCGCGGCCGGGAAUAUCGGGAAUGUGUUUGGAAUGCCGGAGAGCGACGGCAGGAUUCUGCAGCGCUCCAAGCGGGGAUGGAUGUGGAAUCAAUUCUUUCUGAUGGAGGAAUACACAGGAAACGACAAUCAGUACGUCGGCAAGAUACACUCCAACAUGGACAAAGACGACGGCACCGUCAAGUACGUCCUGACGGGAGAUGGCGCCGGCACGCUAUUUAUGAUCGACGAGAAGUCGGGCGAUAUCCACGCCACAAAGAAGCUAGACCGCGAGGAGAAGGCCAUGUACACGCUCCACGCCAAGGUUCUGGAUCGCAUCACCAACGAAGAGCUGGAGCCCGACACGGAGUUCAACAUCAAGAUCCACGACAUCAACGACAACGCGCCAAAGUUUGAGAGGGACGUCUACUUUGCCAGCGUGCCAGAGAUGUCCGACGUCGGUACUUCCGUGGCUACCGUGACGGCAACGGACGCCGACGACCAAACGUACGGCAACAGCGCCAAGCUGGUCUACAGCAUUCUGCAAGGGCAGCCCUACUUCUCCGUGGAUUCUGAGAACGGCACCAUCAAGACAGCCCUGCCCGGCAUGGACAGGGAGGUCAAGGAGAACUACCAGGUGGUGAUCCAGGCUAAGGACAUGGCCGGACAGAUGGGGGGCCUCUCGGGGACGACCACGGUCAGCAUAACCCUCUCCGACGUCAAUGACAGCCCGCCGCGCUUUGCCAAUCACUCCUUCCGCAUCGCCGUCGUGGAGUCCACGGAGAUCGGCAGCUCCGUCGGCCGCGUGAGGGCCGACGACCCGGACGUGGGCCGCAACGCCGAGAUGGAGUACAGCGUGGUGGGAGGCCACGACAACUUCAACAUCGUCACGGACAAGGCCACGCAGGAGGGCGUCGUAGUCAUCAAAAGGGCGCUCGAUUACGAAAGCAAGCGGGACUACGAGUUCAGGGUGGAGGUGAGGAACACGUACCUGGACGCCAGGUACAUCCAGGGUCUGCAGUUCAAGGACUUCGCCACCGUCAAGGUCACGGUGGAAGACGUGAACGAGCCCCCCGUUUUCACGCGUAACCCUUACAUCAUCGAGGUGCAUGAGGACACGGCCGCCGGUAGCUUCGUGGGCGUGGUGUCGGCCCGGGACCCCGACGCUGACAACAAGAUGGUCAAAUACUCCAUCGAUCGCCACACCGACCUGGAGAGGCUGUUCAACAUCGAUUCUUCAAACGGCACCAUUACAACCCGGAAAGCUUUGGACAGAGAAAUGUCCAAAUGGCACAACAUCUCCGUGAUGGCCGCAGAAAUAAACAACCCACGUCAGGUUGCCCGUGUGCCAGUAUUUAUCAAAGUGCUGGACGUGAAUGACAACGCCCCGGAGUUUGCCAUGUCCUACGACACGUUUGUCUGCGAGAACGUCAAAGCGGGACAGUUGAUUCAGACUAUCAGUGCGGUGGAUACAGACGAGCCGCUGGUUGGACACAAGUUUGUCUUCAGUAUUAAGGCAGACAAUCCAAACUUCACCAUUAGUGACCGGGAAGGUGAGCAAAUUGUGUUACUUUUGCACAAAUUCCCUGCUAGCGUAAUUCAAACUUUUUGCAAUGUUCUCUCUCCUCUUCCCCCAGAUAACACCGCCAAUAUCCUGACCCGGCGGGGAGGCUUCAGCCGGCGCGAGAUGAGCGUCUAUUUUUUGCCCGUGGUGAUUUCAGACAACGACUACCCCAUCCAGAGCAGCACCAGCACGCUGAUCGUGCGCGUCUGCGCCUGCGACAGCCGGGGCAACAUGCAGUCGUGCAGCCCCGAGGUGCUGCCCUUCUCUGACGGCCUCACCACCGGCGCCCUGGUGGCCAUAUUGCUCUGCGUUAUCAUUCUGCUUAUGAUCGUGGUUUUGUUCGCCGCCCUGAAGAGGCAGAGGAAGAAAGAGCCUCUGAUCAUCUCCAAAGAUGACGUCCGGGACAACGUGGUCAGCUACAACGACGAGGGCGGCGGCGAGGAGGACACGCAGGCUUUCGACAUCGGGACGCUACGCAACCCCGAGGUGAUGGAUGCUAACAAAUUACGCAGGGACAUCAUCCCCGAAAUGCUGUUUUCCUUCCGGAGGACAUCUCCGAUAAAAGAUAACACGGACGUCAGGGACUUCAUUAACGGAAGGCUUCAAGAGAAUGAUUCCGACCCGACCGCGCCCCCUUAUGACUCGUUGGCCACGUACGCUUACGAAGGCAGCGGCUCUCUGGCGGAAUCACUCAGUUCGCUGGAGUCUGCCACCACCGAGGGGGACCAGGAGUACGAUUACCUCAGCAGCUGGGGGCCGCAAUUCAAGAAGCUGGCAGAAAUGUAUAUCGGGAGAAGCCCCGAUCGGGAGACUUAGAAAGAGCUCAAUCCCGUUUUUCCCCAGUCGGUCAGUUUGUUAGCGAGCUAGCCAGGCCCACCCUUUGUCUGGCUAGCCUCAGAGCUAGCGAGUCUACCAUCAGCCUACCUAUGUAUCAAGCUAAUUAUCUGUUCAUGUCCGAUGCGCUAGCUAGUGUGCUAGUCCACUAGUUGUCUGUUUGACUCUCACGCGUGCACUCGUGCGCGCCGAAGGCCGUCGAGGAGUAGAACGUGACCAGGACAGUCCGGUUCUGAAAGUUUUACUGUUUUUGGUCAUAAUAAGUAAAGAUGCCUUUUGACUUAUAGGUCUUUUUUUUUUUUUUUUUGUGAACAAUGGUGUGGAAAUGUGUUUUGUAAUCGAGCAGAGCGAUAGCAGUAUUGUAUACACUCAAUGUUUAAUGGCACUGGAUUGUGUGUGGGAGCCCAGUCACUCCAUGCAAAACUGUACAUGUACAAAGUGUUUUUAAACAUCCUAUAUAAUCUUUGCUAUUAUUUGUCUGACGAGCAAUGUCCACGUGAACGGUUGGUGCAGUUCAUUUGUCAAACUGGAAUCAUUU